AUGGCCCACAGUGCGUUACUGGCCUGGGCCUGGGCCCUGGCGUUGGGAGCCGUGCCAGGGGGCCAAGCAGGCUGUGCAGAGCUUGGUCGCUGCUGUCCGGGCCGAGACCUGACGUGCGUCUCUCGGGACUGGGCAGAGGCGGCAGGAUCCUCGCUGGGCGCUCAGCCCUGCUACUGUGACCAGGCAUGCAGCACCGCCCGGGACUGCUGUCCGGACUAUUGGAGUGCCUGCCCAGGUGGGAGCCCUGCGAGGAUGAGCUGGGAGCAGGGAGGGCAUGGGCGGCGAGACCUAGGACGAGGGAGCUUGGGAAAGGUGCGCCAGGGAAGGGGAAGUACCCUGAGGGUUCGAGAGUGCAGAGGGGCUCUGGAGUGGGGAAGAGGAGGGAAAGUAGAUCCAGAGAAAUGCCCCUAUCACAGCCUGCUUAUUGGCUGGAAGAAUGUCCCAGCUCUCAUAACCACUGGGGCCUUCCGGAAUGGGAGGAAAAAGAGGGCCCUGGCCCAUGAGAGAAAGUCAACUGGGUAUUGUGUCAUGUUCCAGCUUGUGACCAUCGCUGUGGGCUGCCUUCAGACAAGGGCCCCCUACACUCAGUGGAUGAGGUACCUCACCCAAGGGCAUACGGUCUGCGUGUUGUGUGAGCCGCCUGCCCUGGAUAUGAAAAGCCUUCGGUGCUAUGGGGAUGGUAAAGGAUCCAGAGGGGACCAGCUGCUUCAGUGGCAGGCUGUUGGCAAUCCCAGCUGUAGAGGGACCUGGAAGAGAUUUCAGCAGCUGGAAGCCUGUUCCUGCCCUGCUGUCCACAACUUCCUGUUUGUCUAGGGGCCAUGAACUUGUGCCAUGUGUCCAUGGAGGGCCUCUGAGCUUUGGGAUACUAGUAGAUGGUACCCUCUUCCAACAAUCUGCUCCCCUAAGACUGAAAGCACCCCUUGUCUUACAGUCUUUUGGCCAUGUGAAGGUCCUCUUCACUUUCCCCCCUACUGGUCUUCAAAACACUGGAAAUCUCCCUCCUCACCCCUUUCCAUUUUCUGUGUUAUUUUGUUCCCCCCAUUUGUCUUAUACUAAUGUGACCUGAAA